GCAUCGCGCGGCGUCUGCGCGGCGCAGAGUUUUGCAAACCCUCCCUCGUCCCUUCUCUUUCUCUGCUCUCCAUUUGAUUCCUCUUGGUCGGCUGGUGUCGUGAUUCGCGCGUGUGGGGGCGGGUUUGCGUUGGCGGCGCGGCGAGGGAGAUGAAGGGCGGAGGCGGCGGGGGAAGGCAGCAGUGGCCGUGCGACUACUGCGGGGAGGCGGCGGCGGCGCUGCACUGCCGUGCGGACGCGGCGCGGCUCUGCGUGGCGUGCGACCGGCACGUGCACGCGGCCAACGCGCUGUCGCGGAAGCACGUGCGGGCGCCGCUCUGUGCGGGCUGCGCGGCGCGCCCGGCCGCCGCGCGCGUCGCCGCGGGCGGCGGCGGGGAGCCGGCGUUCCUCUGCGCGGACUGCUGCGACGGAGACGGCGGCAACGGGUGCACGGGCGGGGCACGUGUCGCGGUGGAGGGGUUCUCGGGCUGCCCCUCGGCGGCAGAGCUCGCCGCGUCAUGGGGCCUCGACCUCCGCAGCGUGGGCGGCUGUGGUGGCGACGAGGGAAACGAUGACGACGAGGAGGGCACCUUCUUCUCGGUGCUCGACUACUCCAACCUGCGCGACAUGUACGUGCCGUGCGACCCGCCGGAGGUGGCCGCCUCCGCCGGUGGCGCCCGGCGGCUCAAGGGGGAGGCGCUGUGCCACCAGCUCGCGGAGAUGGCGCACCGCGAGGCGGGGACGACGCACCCGCAGCAGCACUCGGAAAUGAGCCCCCGCACGCCUCGCCGGAGCUCCGCAGCCUCCAGUGGAUGCUUGCCGGACAAGCAGGCGCCCCCACCGCUGCCUCCUCCUUCGGCUCCGGAGGUGCCGUUACCGUACACGUCCCUGCUCAUGAUGGCUUCAGCGAACUGCACUGAGCUCAUUGGCGGCAGCGACUGGAUGGGCGACGACGACGAACAGUUACUAUGGGACUGCCCUGCGCCCUCGGUUCCGCCCAUCCAGAUAUGGGACUUCAAUUUAGGAAGGUCAAGGGAUCACAAUGAGAACUCUGCACUUGAAGUUGGACUUGGUCCGAACAAUGGAGGCUUUAUGAUUAAGAGUUAUAGCGACAUGCUUAAGGAAAUUUCUUCGGGGACAGCAAAAGAUCUGGAGGAUAUUUAUGACUUAAGAUACUGUGCAGCUGCCGAAGAUAUCAUGUCUACUAAUAUCUGUCAGUUGUCAUCGAAAAAUGUGAGCACUGGGAGCAACAAACGGAAGGUCAGCUCAUGCGCCUCUACCAUCGACGGACCGACAACCUCCGGGAACCAUGUGCCCACUUCAGGACCAGCUCUCACCAGGGAGAUCUCCUUUGGGGAUCAAACUGUCGCCCCAGCUGGAGCUGAGAGGUCUGCCAUGAAGAUUGACAGCGAGACGCUUGCGCAGAACAGGGACAGCGCGAUGCAGCGGUACAGGGAGAAGAGGAAGAAUCGCAGGUAUGAAAAGCACAUCCGCUACGAGUCACGGAAGCUGAGGGCAGACACGAGGAAGCGAGUGAAAGGCCGUUUCGUCAAGUCGACUGAAGCACUGAAUGCUAGCAAUGGCGGAUGAGCCAUGGCCGUUGAAGAUGGAGCUAGCUGCAUGUAGCUCGGUUUUUUUUUUGCGGAACAGAGGGAGCUGAAUAUGAAGCUGGUAUGGUGCGUUACGACGACACCUUUAUAUGCGCAAUGCUAUCGCUCAAUACUACGCCGUGUUUAGCCGAAGUUGUGUUGAAGCAUCGUGGUUGCCGUCAACACCAAAGAGCGGUAUGCUUGUAAGGGACACGGCACCCCUUAAUUUCUUAUCGCCAUUAGACAGAAAUAGAUAGCUUACAAUUCUAACUAUGAGUGCCGCGUCCAUGAGUUUGCAGUGAAGUAUUUUAUGUAUAAUAUUUUGCUAUCGUGAAUUCUUGAUUUUGUUUAACUACUUAAUAGAACAAUCUUUGCUGUUGGAGAGGAA